AGGUUUAAAUUUUUUUUUCAAAACAACUAAAUAAAUAAAUAAAUAAGUAUUCAUUUGAUAUGUCUAAUAAUUAUUAUAACUAACAAUGGAAAUAGGCUAUCAAAGAAUUAACGCUUUAAAUGAAUUUAGAAAUGUAUCCUUUUGACGAAAAUGUCCAAGAAAAAGGAUUAAAAUAUAAACGUUCGGAUCUCGAAUGGUUUAAUUAUUAUGCAAAUCUAUAUAUAAAGUAUAUUGAUUGCUAUCGUAAACUAGAAAAUUGUUACGAUUAAAUGCUAAAUCCUUAAAAGCGUAUUCUUUUAAAAGAACUACUUGACAAUACAACCUUAAGAAUGAUAUAAGUGAAAUAAAAUAUAAUCUAUUAUAAUACGCAUACAUUAAGUAUAAGAAGUGAAUAUCCUAAUUUAGACGAAGUUUUAAAAUAAAAUAAAUUAACUCCUUAGGCUUUACAUAUUCCUAUUCCUAGACAUAUGGUGGAGGAAAAUCAAGAGGAAAGAAACAAAAGAAAUUAAUUAAUAGAAAAGUUAAUGAUGAACUACCAUGAAACAACAGCGGCUGAAGAGGAGUAAUUUGUUGAUAAUGCUACUUUUUUUGAUAAUAAUAUAUAACAUGCAAUAUGUUGUAUAUAGAAAAAUGAAAGAGGUAGACAAGGUAUAGAAAGAGCAUUAAUAGCAAAAACAUUAAGAAAAUAAGAUUUAUAUAGAAAAGAAAAAUAAAAUAAAUUAAAAUAAGGACAUGAAAUAGAAGAAGAAACAGAAAGGGAACAGGCCGUUUUGGUUAUUUAAAAGUACUAUAAAGGAUUUAAAGGAAGAGAAUAAAUUUAUUUUAUGAGAUAAGAUGAAUUAGAGUUUUUGGGAAUAUUUAAAAAAGAUAAAGACUUUAAUAAUAUUUAUAGUGAUGAAUUUAAAGAAAUUUCAUAUAGGAAUGAAAUGAAAAAAAAAUAAGUAGAAUAAGAAAAAGGAUAUAAGGAAGCUUUGGAAAACAUAAAAGGAGAUUAUUUGGAAUUUUGGGGCGAUGAAAUUCGCGAUAAAAUGCUUUAAGAAAGAAGAGAGUGGAUUCAUGAUUUUCUUAUUAAAAGAGAGUUCAAAGGAUUACCGAAAAAAGCUAAUGAAUUUUAUGAUAAAGAUAAAGUUGCGAUGCCUUUGACACCGGAAGAGGAAGAACUUUAAAGAGUAUUAGAAGAAUAGGCUAAAAAAGAGAAAAAAAAAGAAAAAGAAGCGAAAAAAGCAGGAAAAAAAAAGAAAAAAAAACUACUCAGAAAGAGAUGAGUUUAUAAAAGAAAGAGUCUGUAAAGGACCAUCUGAAGCUAUUUUAAAAAUUCAAGAAAAAAUUGAAAAGCAUAGUCUUUAAUGGGUAAAUUAAAAAGAUAAAGUACAUGAAUUUGAUGAAGAAAUGAUAAAAGAUGCGAUUUUUCCAGAAGUCGAAGAAAAUAUAAAAUAUAUGGUAGAUGAUAUAAUCGAUAUGGAGUUAGCAAAUUUGAGAUUACGAUAU